AUGACAUUAUUCAAAGCCAAUCAACGCUUUUUCGACGUACAAAAUGAACCAAACGAGAUGCUCUCAUCAAUCGAAGGUUAUGAUGAUAUGCCAUUAUUAUCAUUGAAAAUGGCUGUUGAAAACUUGGAAAGAAUCAUAACGAAAGUUACUGAAAAUGCAAAUACUGCGAAUGAACGAUCUGCGUGUCCUCCUGAUGGAUUAAGUCAAGAUGAAUCUGCUUCGAUUUGUCUUUACACAAUGGAUGGCAAAGUAAAUGAUAAAUCUUUAUGCCCUCAACUGAACGCUGCACUUCGAUCAAAAGAUCGUUCUGAACUUCUUCCAUAUCUUAUGUACUUGAAAUUGUUCUUAACUGCAUUAUGGAAACUGAAAUCACUAAGAAAAUCAGUAUGGCGAGGAGUCAAAGCAGAUUUAAGUGCACAGUAUCCAGUAGGAAAAAAAUUUGUUUGGUGGGGCUUUAGCUCAUGUGUUGACUCAUUGGAUGAUAUUCAAUCAGAUCGACUUUUAGGUACAAGAGGUAUAAGAACGUUAUUCAAAAUUGAAUGUCAAACGGGGAAAGCCAUUAGCGAACACUCAUACUAUAAUGAUAUUGAAGAAAUUCUUCUUUUACCUGGUAUUCAACUUGAAGUUCUCAGUCAAAAUCGUCCCAGUACAGAUGUAUGUAUUAUUCAUCUAAAAGAGAUUGAAUCAACAGUGUCCUAUCUUGAAUCACCAUUAACAUCGUCAAAUUUGAAUAAUUCAAUGCCACGGUAUCAUCAUGAUAAACCCUACUCUGCACCAUUAUCAUCUACACGUUCUAUGUCACACCUAGCAAACACACAGAGAAGUAAAUCAUUGUCUGUGUCAUCAUCGUUACUUCCACAAGAAGAUAUAAAAAUGCUGAAAAAAGCAACAAAAUUCCAUGAAAAAAGAGUUUUAAAAGAAUUCAUAAAUCAAGAACGAAAGAAAGAAUCAAUACGUUUUCCGAAAGAACUCCUUGAUUGUGAUGAUAUGCAAAUGCUUAGUCAAGAAUUAGCGACAAAUAAAUAUUGGAAAGCUAUGUAUUUAUGGGAAAACUAUCUCAAUGAAAAACAUAUACUAAUAUUAAUGCAUGGAUUAAAAUUGAAUACAACCAUGAAAUGUCUUAGUCUUGAUUGUAAUUUCUUGAAUGAUGAAGGUGCAUCUGUGUUAGCUGCUAUUCUCAAAAGUAAUACAAGUUUAGGAGCUGUCUAUUUGAAUAGAAACCAUAUUGGUGACAUCGGUGCUCAAGACUUAGCUGGUAUGUUGCAAUCAAAUAAAACAUUAACACAUCUUGAACUUUCAUCGAAUUCGAUUGGUGAUGAUGGUAUUGCUGCCCUAAGUGAAGCUCUCAGAUCGAAUAGAUCUCUCCGAACAUUACAUUUAAAUGAUAAUGACAUUACUGAAAUUGGUGCUAAACAUCUAGCUGAUAUGUUACUGGUAAAUAAAACAUUAAGGGAACUACACAUUUCAGGCAAUCCAAUCGGUGACAAUGGUGUGAAUAUGAUUGCUGAUGUCUUGAAAAGAAAUACGACUUUGGAAUCUCUUGAUAUUGGUGAAACAAAGAUUACUAUUGAAUGUAUGCAGGAAAUAGGGAAAAUGCUUGAAAUGAAUUCCACAUUGAAGAGUUUAGAUUUAAACCACAACCACCUAAAAGAUGAUGCAUUGAUGAUGAUUAUUCCUUCAUUGAUGAAAAAUAGCUCAUUGACAAGUCUUGAUUUAUCAAUGAACAAUUUAACUGAAACCAGUGCAAAUGAACUUGCGUGUUUAUUAGAAGAGUCACAAACAACACUUACAACUCUUAGUCUUAGUCAUAAUCCAUUGGGUGAUAGUGGUGUCUCAAAUAUUGCAUCUGCACUCAUCAACAAUAGAACUCUUAUUAAAUUAAUGUUAGAAUCUGUAAAAAUUACGAUUGAAGGUGUGAGUGAAUUAGCUCAAAUGUUAAGUCUAAACGAAACACUUCACUGUCUCGACCUGAACAGUAACGAAAUAAGUGAUGAUAGUAUAAAUUUACUUGUUGAUGGAUUAAAAAACAAUAGAUCUCUACAAAAUUUAUAUUUGAACAACUGUAAUUUGACAGAUGAAUGUGUAUCAUCAAUAAUCGAAAUGAUCAAACAAAGUAGAACAUUGAAUUCUAUUGAACUUGUAAAAAAUCAUCUUACGGAACAUGGGAAAACGGAGAUAACUCAAGCUGCUUCAUUAAAAAAACAUUUUUCUGUGUACUUGGAUUUCUCUUUUCAACGAGUACAUUAA